AUGGUUGCCUUCUCCCAACUUCCAUGGAGGGUGUUUUUCCACGUAAGAUGCGAUCUUGACAUCACUCCAAAUAGAUACGAGGAGUUGCAGGAAAAUCCUAAUGCAGGAUAUAAAUGUCCACUUUGUGAAGGAAGAAUUAAAGGAUUGAAAGAAGGUGACCAGAAAGAACGUGAUGCGUUGGCCGGUAAUCCAGUGGCGAAACCUGUUGCGCAGGUUGCCGGACAAAAGUUGAUUAGGGGUAUCGUGGAAUUUAAGGGUAAAAGAGUUGUGGUCCCAGAAAUUCGAGGAUGGGGAAAAUUGGCAAUGUAG